CGGGCGGCGCCGGCGGUGCCCAGGGCGCGCUCACACACGAGCUCACACACACAUACACACGGCCUCGUACACACUCACACACGCUCCGGCGCGCACACGCGGCGCGCAGGCCGGAGGGAGGAGGCUCGGCGCGGCUCGGCGGCGGCUGCAGCGUGCUCGGCGGGCGGGCGGGAGGGCUGGCGGGCGGCCCCCGCUACCCGGCUCGGCGGCUCGGUGCAGCCCGCGCGGCCCCCGCCCUCGGACCCGCCCCCGGGGGUCGCCCGGCCCCAUGCCCUGCAGCGGCGGCGGAGCAGCGCGCGGCCACGGGCGGCUCUGAAGAGCCCGGAGGGAGCCGGCGACGAGGGGACCAUGUACCGGGACCCGGAGGCGGCCAGCCCAGGGGCGCCCACCCGCGAUGUCCUGCUGGUCUCUGCCAUCAUCACCGUCAGCCUUAGCGUCACUGUCGUCCUCUGCGGCCUCUGCCACUGGUGUCAGCGCAAACUGGGCAAACGCUACAAGAACUCCUUGGAGACGGUGGGCACGCCAGACUCAGGGCGUGGGCGCAGUGAGAAGAAGGCCAUCAAUGAUCUAGACAGAGACUUUUGGAAUAACAAUGAGAGCACAGUGCAGCAGAAAUGGAGCUCCUACCCUCCCAAGGAGUUUAUUCUAAACAUUUCACCCUACGCCCCUUAUGGCGACCCACGACUGUCCCUCAAUGGCACCCUCCUGGCUGGCGCCAAAGUGGCCGCCGCUGCGGGGCUGGCAGUGGAGCGGGAAGGCCGGCUGGGGGAGAAGCCGGCGCCGGUGCCGCCACCCGGAGAGGACGCCUUGAGAAGCGGCGGCGCUGCCCCCAGCGAGCCGGGCAGCGGCGGCAAGGCGGGGAGAGGCCGCUGGCGGACGGUGCAGAGCCACCUGGCCGCCGGGAAGCUCAACUUGUCCAAUUUCGAGGACUCCACCCUGUCCACGACCACUACCCUUGAGUCUAUCCCCAGCUCCACGGGAGAGCCGAAAUGCCAGCGACCCUGCACUCUGAUGCGGCAGCAGAGCCUGCAGCAGCCGCUGAGCCAGCACCAGCGGGGCCGGCAGACCAGCCAGCCCACCACCAGCCAGAGCCUGGGCCAGCUGCAGGCCCACGCGGCCUCCGUGCCGGGCCCCAACUCUCGGGCCUACGGCCGGGGCCAGGCUCGGCAGGGCUCCUCGGCCGGCUCCAAGUACCGGCCUGCCGGCGGCCGCAGCCGCUCCAACCCAGGCAGCUGGGACCACGUGGUGGGGCAGAUUCGAAACCGAGGCUUGGACAUGAAAUCCUUCCUGGAAGGCCGGAUGGUGGUGCUAUCCUUGGUCUUAGGGCUUUCGGAACAGGAUGACUUUGCCAAUAUCCCUGACCUGCAAAACCCAGGAACCCAGCAGAACCAGAACGCUCAGGGGGACAAGAGGUUGCCUACCGGAGGGAAGGCAGUGAACACAGCCCCAGUGCCGGGCCAGACGCCCCACGAUGAGUCUGACCGCCGGACCGAGCCUCACUCCUCCGUCUCAGAUCUCGUCAACUCCCUCACCAGUGAGAUGCUCAUGCUCUCCCCAGGCUCUGAGGAGGAUGAGGUCCACGAGGGCUGCAGCCGAGAGAACCUGGGCCGGAUCCAGUUCAGCGUCGGCUACAACUUCCAGGAGUCCACGCUCACCGUGAAGAUCAUGAAGGCCCAGGAGCUGCCGGCCAAGGACUUCAGCGGCACCAGCGACCCCUUCGUCAAGAUCUACCUGCUGCCAGACAAGAAGCACAAGCUGGAGACCAAGGUGAAGCGGAAGAACCUGAAUCCCCACUGGAACGAGACCUUCCUCUUUGAAGGUUUCCCCUACGAGAAGGUGGUGCAGAGGAUCCUCUACCUCCAGGUCCUGGACUACGACCGCUUCAGCCGCAAUGACCCCAUCGGGGAGGUGUCCAUCCCCCUCAACAAGGUGGACCUGACCCAGAUGCAGACCUUCUGGAAGGAUCUGAAGCCAUGCAGCGAUGGGAGUGGGAGCCGAGGGGAGCUGCUCCUGUCUCUCUGCUACAACCCCUCUGCCAACUCCAUCAUCGUGAACAUCAUCAAAGCCCGGAACCUCAAAGCCAUGGACAUCGGGGGCACGUCAGACCCUUACGUGAAGGUGUGGCUGAUGUACAAGGACAAGCGGGUGGAGAAGAAGAAGACGGUGACGAUGAAGAGGAACCUGAACCCCAUCUUCAACGAGUCCUUUGCCUUCGACAUCCCUACGGAGAAGCUGAGGGAGACAACCAUCGUCAUCACCGUCAUGGACAAGGACAAGCUCAGCCGCAACGACGUCAUUGGCAAGAUCUACCUGUCCUGGAAGAGUGGGCCCGGGGAGGUGAAACACUGGAAGGACAUGAUUGCGCGUCCCCGGCAGCCUGUGGCUCAGUGGCACCAGCUGAAGGCCUGAAUGGGGCCACGGGAGGCCCAGGGGGCCAAGGGUCUGGGUCCCCAUCAUGCCCUCACCACUUUAUGCACAAUGCCUGGCCUGGCCCCCCUGCCAUGGGUGAGGGAAGGAUCCUGAGGGCUGGGCCAGGGAGGGGUCCCAGGAAUCCAGCCCCAUUUCUCGGGAGAACCAGCCCCAUUCCCCACCGGUCCAGCUCUGGUGGAGGGGCUCUGGGGGCCAUUUUCCUGCUUUGCCCCUUUCCUUCCUGACUUGCCGAUACUAAAGAAGUGGGGGGCGGAGCACGAGAGCCAGACGGGCAGACGAGCAGAUCCCUCCAGAGGCCCGCCAGGUGGGCACGGUCCCCCGUUUUCUUUAAGGCAGUGCCUGGAGUGGAGAAAGGCCACCCCCUCCCCAGGCCGCAACGUGGGCCCAGGAGAGGGGAGGUCGAGGCGUUUGGCCCCGGCCCGACCAAGAGAGGCGUGUCAGGGCAGUUUCAGGUGCCGGCUGGGCCCUGAUUACCGAGGAUCGUAUAUAGCCCGCUCCGGGGUCCUGGAGCCGCAGCCCUGUGUACUUGUGUUGUGUCCACCGUGUGUGUGUACGUGUGCGUGCGUGCGUGCGUGUGUGCGGGUGGGGGAACUCGCUCCCUGUUUCCCUGGGGCCCGCAGUGCUGAAGACGAUGCAGAGAGGGUUUUGUGAAGUGAGGUAGGGCUGGACGCUGAGAAGUCAAUGCGCAAAGCUGG